AUGGCUACGAGAGUGGAAGUGACCCAUCCAGAAAGUAUUCAUCAUUCAUUACUCGUUGAAACUUGGACUUUGAAUGAAACAACCGUUGGUGUAUCGUUUGUUAUAUUAUCCUACCUUGCUGUUGUGUUAUGGAUAUUACCACGUUUUAUGAAAUACAGAGAGCCGUACCAACUGACUAAUACUUUAUUAUUCUACAAUGCAUUCCAAGUCGCCUUCUCUGCGUAUGCAGUUUUUCUUUAUACUAGAUACAUGUUUAAUUAUGGUAUUAUAACUACAAGGUGUCCUAAAGGAGUUGACUUACAUAAGGUCAUAUCAGAAAUCUGGCCAUACUUCAUUGCAAAGCACGUAGAUCUGUUGGAUACAGUAUUUAUCGUAUUGAGAAAAAAAGAUAGACAAGUCACUUUCCUGCAUGUUUUUCACCACGCUCUCAUGAUUACAUGGGUAUGGUUCUACUUAAUGUUCCAUCCGACAGACCACUUCGUGGCAGUGGGAUUUGCUAACAGUUUCGUCCAUGUUUUAAUGUAUGCGUACUAUGGAAUAUCGUCAUUAGGACCCGAGUACUCGAAAUUUAUAUGGUGGAAGAAGCAUUUGACUAAAGUUCAAUUGGUCCAAUUUAUCUUAGUGAUAAUGAAUUUACAUUAUCAACAAAAGACAACGCCGUGCCCCAUUCCGUCAGCAUUUCAUUAUUUUGGGCUGUUUUGCAUCUGUUCUUUCUUCUUUCUAUUCAUACAUUUCUAUGUACGAAAUUAUAGCGCUAUACAAAAGAAGAAAAUCGAUACCAUUAACAUUGGCUGUAAUGUUGAUAUGCACAAAAUGAAC